AUGUCACUCGCACGAACACCCAACGCCCUUCGAAAAUGGCCAUGUCUCUACGAUAAUCCAAUCUCCCUCUCUACCAGCUAUAUCCGAAACAACACUCGUUUCUCGGACAAUCGCGCCCCGGGCACUAUCAAACACAAAACCCCAUCUCCACAAACCACCAGGCCAUUUCACUGUACAGCCUCCUGCUAUGCAGCUCGGUCUCCGGCUGCCCGUCGGGCUCAGGCUCAGACUCAGCGGCUCCGGCCAGUCUACUCGAGCGAUGGCCUGUUCAACCUCCCCGCACACGGGGACCUGACAGCGCGGCUCAAGUACCUCGACGAGAAAGGACCGCUGCUAUGGAUGUCCGCGUUGGCCGAGGGGCUCCUUGACGACAACGUCACGAAGAACACGUUCCUGGAUAUUGCAAAAAGAUUACUGGAAACCGCUCAUAGAGAGCUGCCAUCCGCAGACGCCAUCCGGGGGCUAUCCUCAGACCCAGACCUCAUCUUCCAAAUCGGCUACAUCAUCUCCGGCGGUAACCCAUCCUUCCGAGAAUGGCUCCUCGCCUCCACCACGCACGCAGGCGCCCGCGUCCCCCUCCUCAUGUCUGCCGCCAGAUACCUGAACUCCCUGGGCAACUCCGCCCCAGUCCGCACCCCGACCCUCGAGAAAAUCGAGCAUCUCGCCCUGCACGACCGCGACCCGCGAGCCAUGACCCUCCACGCUAAGAUCCUCGGCCUCCGGAAACGCUACUCUGAUGCCCUCCGCCUCAUCGAGCAGGUCAUGGCCCUCAUCUACCCGUCCAAGGUACCCAUCGUGAAAGAUGGGGGUUUCAGCAUGGCGCGCAUCGAGCCGCCCUGGCGCGUGUAUGCGUGGCUGAAGGAGAAGGCCCAGGAACAAGCGAACCCAACUGCGAAAACUGGCGAAGCUGAAGCUGGGGCUGGAACCCAGACGGAUGACCUCCUGCGGUCCGCAGCGCUGGACUACCAGGACCCCAAGUCGCUGGUCCAGUAUGCCACGGUGCGGAUACAAGCGGGCGAUUUGGCCAUGUACGAGGAUUGCAUGAGCCGGGCCGCGACGGCGGGGAACGCCGAGGCCUGCCGCCGACUCGCUAACUUCUACUAUCUCACUUCGCUGGGACGGUACCCGCGGCGAGCAGUGCGCGAGGACACGGCCUCCGUGGAGGCAGGGACGAAGCCAAUCUCCAGCGCGUCCUCGCAGACGAGUGAACCGAGCAAUCGGGGGAAAUUCUCUGCUUUGCUGUCAAGCGUCUUCGGGCCGCAGCCUCGCGCGGAGUACCGCAAGCUAGCGAUAGAAUGGUACGAGCUGGCCUUCAGCCAUGGGAGUGAGCGGGCGGCGGUGGUUCUGGCGGUGCUGCUGCGGGAAGAUGGCUCCGCGGCUCGGGGGUUGCAAUUGCUAGAGCAGAUUGAGGGAUCGCCUUCCCUUGGGCCCCUCGUGAGGCGGAUCAAGGCGCAGUGGGAUGAGCAGGAUCAGGAGGGUGGUGUACCUCCUGAGCUGUUGGAUGUUUGA